AACAGAGCGCGAGAGCGAGAGCGAGAGAUAACACCCACACCCUGCUCGCUUCGUCUCUCUCUCUAUAUAUAUCAAACCCUCCUGCACUAAAAGAGCAUUUCACCUGCUCCAAAGGCUCGUCUAGCUGCUGGGCGGACCUGUAGUUUAAACGCAAGCAUUGUUUCUUUUUCCGGAGCUGACAAAAAGUCAAAAAGAAGCGAGAGAGAGACUGAGAGAGGAGAGAGACAUGGCCACGACAACCUGUACGCGAUUCACAGACGAGUUUCAGCUGUACGAGGAGCUGGGGAAGGGAGCCUUUUCAGUGGUGCGCAGAUGUGUUAAGCUGUGUACAGGACAGGAGUAUGCCGCCAAAAUAAUCAACACCAAAAAGUUAUCUGCAAGAGAUCACCAGAAGUUGGAACGAGAGGCUCGGAUCUGUCGCCUGUUGAAACACCCCAACAUCGUUCGUCUUCAUGACAGUAUAUCAGAGGAGGGCUUCCACUACCUCCUGUUUGACUUGGUGACCGGAGGUGAACUGUUUGAGGACAUCGUAGCCAGAGAGUAUUACAGUGAGGCCGAUGCCAGUCAUUGCAUCCAGCAGAUCCUGGAGGCGGUGCUUCACUGCCAUCAAUCGGGCGUGGUGCACCGGGACCUGAAGCCAGAGAACCUGCUCCUAGCAAGCAAAUGUAAGAAUGCCGCAGUGAAGCUGGCCGACUUUGGCCUGGCCAUUGAGGUGCAGGGGGAUCAGCAGGCCUGGUUUGGAUUUGCUGGCACACCGGGGUACCUGUCCCCUGAGGUAUUGAGGAAGGAGGCAUAUGGCAAACCUGUGGACAUCUGGGCCUGCGGGGUGAUCCUCUACAUCCUGCUGGUGGGUUACCCUCCUUUCUGGGACGAGGACCAGCACAAGCUGUACCAGCAGAUCAAGGCUGGGGCUUACGAUUUCCCUUCCCCAGAGUGGGAUACAGUCACCCCAGAGGCCAAAAACCUGAUCAACCAGAUGCUGACCAUCAACCCAGCCAAGAGGAUCACUGCCCAGGAGGCCCUCAAGCACCCAUGGGUCUGCCAACGGUCCACAGUGGCGUCUAUGAUGCACAGACAGGAGACCGUGGAGUGCCUGAAGAAAUUCAAUGCCAGGAGGAAACUCAAGGGGGCCAUUCUUACUACCAUGCUGGUUUCUCGAAAUUUCUCUGUGGGCAGCAGGCAGACCACCGCUCCAGCCUCUGUCUCUGUGGCCGCAGCAGCAGUGGCCGCAGCCGCCGGCACCACCGCAGGGCUGGUGGAACAAGCAGCUAAGAGCUUGCUCAACAAAAAGGCAGAUGUCAAGAAACGCAAGUCCAGCUCUACUGUCCAGUAUAUGCCCACGACAAACAGCAUCAAAAACAGCAUAGUCACCAGCCCCAAAGGAAACACCCCUUCACCUGCUCUGGAACCUCAGACAACCGUCAUCCAUAAUCCAGUGGAUGGGACGAAGGAGUCAUCAGACAGCAGCAACACCACUGUGGAGGAUGAAGACGUGAAAGGAAAGAGCUUAGACAACAGCUCGCUUAAGGCGCAGUCCAGCACAAGCUCCCAGCCGGAUAGCUCCUCAGCUGCUGUGCACUCUGCCACAAAGUUUGCUGACUUGCUGGGCUCAGUGCGUAGGGGCUCAGGGCCCACAUCCGACGGGGAAGGGAGAUCCAGCACUCCGCCUCACGCUGCCCUCUCCGCCCCCUCCCCUCCACACACCCCUGUUGUCCCCAUGCAGAUGUCUCGGCUCACAGACCUGGUAAGCAGCAUUCGCAGGGUGCCGGUGGCCCCUGCACCCGAGGGUGACGCUGCACCGGCGCCGGUACCUAGCGCCAGGCCCGCCCCUCCACCUGCACACACCACCUCCCCACCUCCCCCUCACUCCCCCUCCAGCCCUUCCCUGUCUUCCUCUCAGACACGCAAACAAGAAAUUAUCAAGAUCACCGAGCAGCUGAUAGAGGCAAUCAACAAUGGAGACUUUGAGGCAUACGCUAAGAUCUGCGACCCUGGACUGACUUCGUUUGAGCCGGAGGCGCUGGGCAACCUGGUCGAGGGGAUGGAUUUCCACAGAUUCUACUUUGAGAAUCUUUUGGCUAAGAACAGCAAGCCCAUCCACACCACCAUCCUGAACCCACACGUCCACCUGAUCGGCGAGGAUGCGGCCUGCAUCGCUUACAUCCGCCUGACUCAGUAUGUUGACAACCAGGGUCGGCCGCGGUCCAGCCAGUCGGAGGAAACUCGUGUCUGGCAUCGCAGAGACAGCAAGUGGCAGAACAUCCACUUCCACUGCUCAGGUGCACCAGCUGCGCCACUCCAGUGAGGUUUGAAUGCUAUAGUUUUGUCCGUCAGGAGUGCUCUGCUGGAGUGAGAAGAGGAGGGGGAGGAGGAGGAGGAGGAAGGGAUGAAAGAACAAGUCCAGUGACUUCAACAACAAACCCUCCCUUCACUGGACGCCCGGCCUCAACCCCCAGCAUGCAUCUCUUCUUUUACUACGGUCUGUCACCUGCCCUACAACAUCUUCUAACAGCUCUCAAACAAACAGCUCGACAUCCUUCCUCUUCUUUUCCUCCGGCACACUGGGUGAUUGGCGGCGGGUUGGGGGGGGUGUUUUCAGCACUCGGUGUGAUUCCUUCUUCCUCUGGUCUCUUCCUCCCGUCCCCACAACUCUUGUCCUCCUGUGAAUCCACACUUGUGUGACAUAAACACUGCACUGGAAAUACAGUAUGUAAAGUUUUAAGUAAAAUCUAUUAUUAGUAUUACUAUAUUAUUAUUAUUAUAUUACACAUUUGCAAUUGUAUAUGUAAUUUGUAUAAUUCGAAAUUCUUGAUGCCAGUGGUUUCUAGAGUUGAAAGAAAUCUUUUUUUUGUUUUUCUCUUUAUAUUUUUAAGGAAGCAUGUUUUUUUCCCUAUAUUAACAGUGGAUGUUUUUUUUAUUGUGGCUAUUAAGUGGAAAAUGAUAUUGGCAGUUUUUGUAAUUUGCUUCUUGUAUGUGAGCUAUAAUAC